CACAGCCCAGCCAGGGUCCGUCGCCGGGCGCCCCAUGCCAGGGAGCAGCUUACUGGGAUCUGCUGGGGGCUUCUGGUGAGGGCGAAGAGAGAACGGCCAGAGGAUUUCCCAAGGGCGGCACCAGCAUAUUUCUUUCGUCUCUGGAUUCGGGGAGGAGCCCGUGUUCAACAUGAGAUGUAAUAAGAUUGGCUAGGUAACGGGAAGGGUCUCCCCUUCGUAUAAAUCCCCUCUGGUGGCUCCCGCUAGAAGCCUCAGUUCAGGCCCCAUGUAAUAAUAUGCCGGUCUAAUUAUUUUUUGUGGGGGAGAGCACCUGCUGCUGGAGACAAGAGACUGUGACCCCCAAAGGAGAUAUCGUAGCAAAAAAAACCCCCACCCCAGCCAUGAAUUUGACCCUCAUGAACAUCAGGCGUCAAUAGCUGAGGCCAAUGUUGUAGUCAGUUUGUAGAAUUUAAGUCAUUUGAGCUGCUGUAAAUCUCUCUCUGGUUGUUUUAAGAGGAGAUUUGUAUUGAAUUCAUACCACUUUUUGGAGCAUCCUUGUCUCUGGGCUGCCAUGCCCCAGUAAAGCUGCAGUUGCUACCUUUUGCAGGGCUUUGUGAGAGAGUCUUGCUUCUCUGUUACCACAUAUAUAUUUUUAAGAGGAUAUUUGUAUUUUUAUGAUUUUUAUAGCUUGUGCAAAAUCCCUUUUUCAGAGAACUUCAAUCACAGUACAAGUGUUAAAGGGAACCACCGGCGACAGUUACUUGCUCUUGUCAUAAUGUGGACUUUUCUGGGCAUCGCCUCCUUCAUCUAUGUGUAUAAGAAAUGUGGAGACUUGAUGACUUAUGUCAACAAAGAGGUGCUGCUGACUACGUUGAUGUUUUUCUCUCUUGGUUUGCUCCUGUCUUAUUGGUAUCGUUCUGGGUGGCUAAAACAACAGCAGUGGGGGCAGCAGAAACAGUCCCACUUUGGGAUGCUCUGUAGUGCUCUCUCAGCUUUGCCACUCAUUGGUUUUUUCUGGGCCAAAUCCACCCCUGGAUCUCCACAGGCAGAGCAACCCAAAUCCAGAAAGGGUAAAAGAGGGGUAAACUCAAACACUGUGACAGAGACUGGUACAAAUACAAUAUUAGCUCCUCAGUCUGAUCCAGAGGUUAUCAUCGUGGGUUCAGGUGUACUUGGUUCUGCUUUGGCUGCAGUGCUGUCACGGGACGGAAGAAAUGUGACAGUAGUAGAGAGGGAUCUGAAGGAACCUGACAGGAUAGUUGGAGAAUUGUUACAACCUGGAGGAUAUAAUGCUCUUAAAGAACUGGGUCUUGAAGAUUCAGUGGAAGGUCUUGAUGCUCACAUAGUAAAUGGUUACAUAAUUCAUGAUCUAGAGAGCAAGUCAGAGGUUGAAAUUCCUUUUCCAAACUCUGCAGAUGGUCUGAUGCAGAGUGGAAGAGCAUUUCAUCAUGGGCGCUUCAUCAUGGGUCUCCGAAGGGCAGCCAUGGCAGAACCCAACACAAAAUUCAUUGAAGGGACUGUGUUACAACUGCUCGAGGAAGAUGACUGUGUGGUGGGUGUUCAGUACAAGGAUAAAGAAACUGGAGAUAUUAAGGAAUUACAUGCACCUCUGACUGUUGUUGCUGAUGGACUUUUCUCCAAGUUUAGGAAAAAAUUGGUUUCCAACAAAGUUUCUGUUUCAUCCCAUUUUGUUGGCUGCAUUUUGAAAGACUCACCACAGUUUAAAGCCAAUCAUGCUGAACUUGUUUUAGCUAAUCCUAGUCCAGUCCUUAUCUACCAGAUUUCUUCAAAUGAGACUCGAGUACUUGUUGAUAUUCGAGGGGAAAUGCCAAAAAACAUCAAAGAAUACAUGACUGAGAAAAUUUAUCCACAACUACCUGAGCACCUAAAGGAACCGUUCCUAAUAGCAGUUCAAAAUGAUCGUUUGAGGACCAUGCCAGCAAGCUUCCUACCUCCAUCACCUGUUAACAAACAAGGCGUUCUUCUUUUGGGAGAUGCAUAUAAUAUGAGGCACCCUCUGACAGGUGGAGGAAUGAGUGUUGUUUUGAAUGAUAUUAAAAUAUGGAGAAACUUGCUCCAGGAUAUUCCAGAUCUUUAUGAGGAUUCUGCUAUUCUUCAGGCAAAAAAGACAUUUUACUGGUCAAGAAAAAAGUCUCAUUCUUUUGUAGUGAAUGUUCUUGCUCAGGCCCUUUAUGAACUGUUUGCUGCCAGAGAUGAUUCCUUGCAUCAGCUAAGGCAAGCAUGUUUCCAUUACUUCAAACUUGGGGGAGAGUGUGUUUCGGGUCCAGUUGGAUUGCUAUCUGUCUUAUCUCCUAAACCAAUGGUACUGAUUGGCCACUUCUUUGCUGUUGCGCUAUAUGCUGUUUAUUUUUGCUUUAAAUCAGAGUCCUGGGUCAUGAAGCCACGCGCAUUUUUCAGUAGCGGUGCUGUACUUUACCGGGCUUGCUCUGUAAUAUUUCCACUCAUUUGCUCCGAAAUGAAGUAUAUAAUCUAUUAAAUAUUAGAGGGAAAUGAAUGGAGGAAGAAUAUGUGAAACUCACCAAGCCUUUACAGUCUUUUGGACAGGUACUGUUCAACACUGUAUGAUGAUCACCUCUGUUUAAAGUGCAACCCCCUGUUCAGGAUUUGGCUUAAUUUUAUUCUUGUGGGUAUAUGUACAUAUGUAAAUAUAUGUUCCUUUACCAUAUAAAUUUAAAAAUGACUUAACUGUUUCCAAGGACCAUAAUUAACUGUUAACAUAUGGUAGAAAAGUGCCACUUCUGGCAGAGGACAAUUUCCUCACUUUAUCCAUUGCAUAGAAUGCACCAAUAAUGUUGAUGAUGUUUAUAAAAUGAAAAGUGAACAGUUUAAGUCAUUUGCUGCUGCAUCCUUCAUUGUUUCCAUGGAUUGUUUGUUUUCUUUAUUACUGUGAAAUAUUGUAAGAAAAUUUUCAUUUAUUUCAUUAAAAGUCUUUGCCUCUAUUUUAUUUCAGUUGCAAUUCAAAUAGCAAUCUACUGACACUUAAAAGGACACUGUCAAGGGGUUUCGGGUUAAAAAGUUACCAUAUAUUUAAACUUCAUUACUGUUGCAAAUGUCAUCCUCUAUUAAGUAGCUAAUUUAAAAAAAUCAUUCUCUUCACCAGAAUUACUUUAUACAAGAGGUUCCAGAUCAGAAUUUGUUUAACAACUCUGUAUUUCAUUCAAGCUACCUUCUUCCAGUUCCACAGUCUCACUUUAUUUAAAAGACUUACCUUUCAUUUUGCUUGUGCAACAGAAGUUAACAGAUACCAACCAUUUAACAGAAGUAUAGCCACAAGUUGUACAUAUCAAAAAAAAUUCAGUCGGGAGCUAUUCCAAGUGGAUAUUAAAAAUAGUAGUAAAGAUUAUUUAAAAACUCAUGAAAAAGACUUCAAAAGUGUCCUUCUUAAUACUUGGUUUUUGUUUUUCCUCUACAAGUUAUUGCAUGUGACCAAAAAAAUGUAAUGCCUUUUAUUGACAAUAUUCCUCUCAAUGUUACCUUUAGUAAUGUCCUUUCCUCUGCUGUGUAUUUUUGUUUUGUCCCUACCUUUCCUUUGAUUGUAUUAUGUAAUACUGGAUGGCUCUUUCCUUUUGGCUCACCCAAAAACCCUUAUAUCAGCACAGCCAACAGGUUGGAAAGUAAUGACAGAUCACUCUUUUUUUCCUCUACAAUUUACAAAAAUUUGAAUAUGUAUCUUUAAAAAAAAAUGACAGAUUACAUAGCUGUAUAUAAACAUAAUCAACUUUUCUGUUGGACUGUGAAAAAUAUUUAUGGAGAGACUUUUAAUACUUUAUUUGAUAAAUAUUUCAAAUGAUCUUUUUUCCAGUGAAAACAGAAAUAUGUAUAUUUUUCUAACCAAUAUCACUCUUCAUACCCUAUUGAAAUUAAACAUUGCUACUUUAAUAACUGAUAACUUUACUCAAAGGGAAAACAGUAAUAUUUUCAAAUACCAUUAUAUAUAAAAAUUAAACAAUGCCACUUUAAGGGUAUUCAAAGUUUGCAGCAUUUAUAUUUAAAGUGUUUUCAUAAUUUGUGGAGUCUAAUUUUUGAAAUAUUAUGGAUUAGUUUAAUGUAUUCUUAAUGUAUGUUUUAUAUUUAAAUAUUAUUUGCAAUCAGUCUCCUGUAAACCGGGGUUAAAGAUCCUGAGCCAAAU